AAAUGUCAAAAAUAAAUUUUUUAUUCGUCACUUAAUUCCCCAUUUGUGUAUGAUUCGUGAAUAACUUGUAUGUCAUGUACCAAUAUAAUGUUAGCAGAGAAAGUGAAUGGAAAUGGAACCAUCAUUUUAAGAAAUAAAGAUAUAUUGCCCAGAAAAUAUGAUGAACUCAUGAGGAAGUAAUCAAAUAGAAAAUGAUAUAAGAAAAAAACAAUAUCUUGACUCAUCAUGGAUUGAAAAUGGCUUAAAAUGGCAUGCUCUAUUAAUGAGCAGAUAAUUCCAAAAAGAGACCAGUCAGUGAAAAAGCUAAUAUCAAUAUUUGAAGAAAAAUUUAAAGACAAAGCGGUAACUGGUCGUCAAAAGGAAUAUGACGAAAUAUCGAAAGAAGAUAAACAAUUGAGAGACACCUCUAUUAAUACUCCAACAAUUGUCAAGCAAACAACCAUCAACUACAAUACUACAAUUAUUGGAGAAACUGUUAAUGUUGGUAUUGGCCAAACUAAGGAGUCAGAUAUUGACAGUGGUUUUGUAUUAGCUAAUGAAACUCCGUCUGGUGACAGUAAUGAAGAACACAACUUUAAAACAUCACAUGUAGAGAAAAAAUUGGAUGAAUUCAAAGGAGCAGAUGGUGUCAUAUUAAGGAAUAAAAGAGAACAAAUUCAGAUGAAAUUUAGAAUUGAUCUGAAGAUAUGUGGAGGGACAAUUUUGUUUAAACUAUAAACACUAUUCCAGUAAUGUUCCAGUAUGAAUGUGCAUGAACAUUUUAGACAUCAAAUGAAUUUUAUGUGUAUAAUAAUGCAAUACUGAUUGGUGUGCAAUGAAUCUUGCUCAUUUUUACAAUUGUUGCCAGCUGAGCUGUCAAUGUUAGACAUGAAAUGUUUAUUGUGUUCAUAUUUUCUUUGUAUUGGAUAGUUCUCAUGAGACAAUGAGAAGUUAAAUUUCGUAUCUCAUAUUAGUAAGAAAAUAAUAAUGUAAAUAAUAAAUUUGUUUCCCUUACAUAUGUACCACUUACCUGAAAUAUACUACAUGUUUUUACAGAUAGUCAAGUAUUUUAUUCAAGAGUUCAAGGAAUCUAAUGGUAAAUUGUUAGG